UCAGGAUGGUCGGUAGCCUGGGAAAAGCAGUCUAAUUUACUGGAUGAAUAUUUUCUGCAACGGCUUCUGUUUUUAAAUCAAAGAUUGUCUCUGUCUGGACACAUAUCUUGCAACGCUUGUAACUGUUCCUCUGUUUCCUUGACUGCACUUCAACUCAACAUUUUGGCUGUUUUCCCUCGGGUUAUGGCUGCUCUAAGGGAGCAAGAGUUUGUAUCCGUGGCAGAUGAGAAGUUUGACUUUGACAUUUCGCUUUCACCUGCAAGCUCAAAGGGAGAUGAAGAUGACGACGAAGUGUUUGUUGGGCCGGUGCGGCACAAGGAGAAAUGCAUUGCCUAUGGUGUGGAGGCCCGGUCAAAGGACAGUGCCAGCAGUGGCCCGUCCGUGGGCGAAGAGCCCAGCUGGAGUCCCCUCAUCGAUGGAAACUUUGAGGAAAUCACCAAGGAAGCCCAGCAGGUUGUGAGCCACCUGGACAACAGUCUGCACGGAACACCUAGUAAGCCAAAGGAGUCCUGCAACAUGGAUGAGGUUUUCACCCCCGCAGCGGAGAGCCUGGGCCAGGAUGCGCACUGCCCAGCCAGUCGACAGCUCAGCCCCAUUAAGAGGGAGACUUUCUGCAUUCAGGACAGUCCCAUGAAGCUGCUCCCUCCUGCCAUUCAGCAGCGGCUCAUGAAGCCGAGUGGAGGCAGCGCCGCUGGUGGUGCUGCUGCCACUGCCGCGGGCCCAACUAAGCCCCGCCUCAGCACCUCCAGCCCCAUACGCCAGCCCGCCGCUCAGCCCAGCAAGAUGGCGCUCCGGAGCAAGACUGGGCUGGCUGGGCCCAGAGGGGUGUUACCAAGCAAGCCCACCCUGCCCGGGAGCACGCACACGCCUGCCAAAAUGAGGCCUGCACUUAAUGAUAAAAACAAGCUUCAGCCUCCAACCAGAGGUGCCCUGGGCAUGAGGCGCAGCAUGAGCAGCAGGACCUCCAUCAGAAUGGGCUCCACUGAAUCUCUGCUGUCAGACUCUGCCAGCAUCACUUCAGACGUCAGCGACACCUCCCUAAACAGCAGCAUCACCACCACAGCAAAGAGGAACAUCCCUGCCCCCAAGCCUGUCCUCAGACGACCAUCUGCAGUCAAGGCUCCUGUCAUUCAGACCCAGAGAGGGUCCACAGCAAAAAGGCACACCUCCUCCUCUUCCUCCUCAGUGUCCAGCAUCAACUCCAGUAUAUCUGCUUCACCCAUGCCCAAAGCUAAGUCGAGCUCUUCACUGAACUCCAAUGGCGUCAGUGCCACGGUUGUUCCCGCUGCCAACAAGUCCCGUAGGUCAACAGUCCUUACCCGGGCCCCUGAGCCGCCCGCACCUGCUGCUCUCCGCAAGUCCACAACGUCCAUCCAGACCAGGAAGAUUUCAGAAUCCCUCGCCAAGCCCAACCGCUCCACCCCCUCCAAGAAGCCAGAGCCCACCCCCGUACCCAUGCCCACCCCCCGCCAGACGCCAGCCCGGCGAAGCAUAGCGCCCAGCUCCGCUGUCCAGUCAGCCAGAGCGGACAGCGCUGUCAAAGGAAACCCCAACAGCAGGCUGACUGGGCUCGCCAGUGCCACCCCUUCAAACUCUUCAAAGGGAGUUGGCCAUUUUGGGGCUGGAACCCCCGAUGGUCCUCGGAUUAUGAAGCCAAAAAGAUUGUUGUCUGCUUGCAGUAUGGAAAGUCUAAUACAGAAGCCAGGGCCUGCAGCUGGUCUCCAGACGCCCUCUGCUGGUAGAGAUAAGUCACUGCCCGCAUCCAAGAUGAGGAGACUCUCAGCUCUUCCCACCACCAGCACUAGUAGCCGCCUUGCCUCCAGCAGCGCCCCUAUCCAGACGCCCAAGAGCUCUGCAAAGCCACAACUCUCCCGAAGGACCGACUCCGUACCAGCACCUUCCUCUAAGAAAACCGUUUUUAAGAGUCCAUCUCAGAUGAAGGAGGUUCAGCCCAGCAAUCCCCAGGCGGUUAAUGACAAGGUGAAGACGCCCUCCUGUGAGAAGAAGCUGCAGCUCUCCUCGGCUGUGGAGAAGCCUGAGCCUUGCUCCCCAGUCUUCUCCCUGGAGGCCGAGAGUGAAGCAGCUCCUCCUAGUGGUGUGGAGGAGGUGGACGGCUCUGAGCUGGUGAAGAAGCUGGAGCCUCAGCUGCAGACUGUGGACCCAGUGCUGGUCAGCAUAGAGUCCCAGGCCGCGCUGAAGGAGGCGGGCAAGGAGCCUACAGGAGCCAAAGAUCAGACCCAAACCCAGACGCAGACCCAGACCGAGACUCAGCUCCCCAUUACCAAGAGCCAGAAGAAAGCUGAGGUGCUCCUGAUGGACCUCCCGGCUCCUGAGAUGACCAAUGAGAAGCCUCUAAUUGAUCUCUCCAACACCCCAGACCUCAUCAGGACCGCCUCUGUCAAGUCCCCAGAAGAGUUGAUCGACCUUAGCUCACCGCUCAUAAAAUGGAGUCCAGCGGACAAGAAGGAAAACACUGUGAAGGAGGCUCAACUGAUAGACUUGUCCUUCUAACUGGUCUCUGUGUGCACACUACAAACAGCUCUUAUUUAAUCAAGAAAUACUACAGGAAACCACCAUAGAAAAAUGUACUUCCGAUUUUAUUUUGAUGCCAUGUGCCUCACCGUUUUAACUGAAAUCCUGAUUAUUACUGUAGUGUCUGUGCAAUAUUUCUUAAGGACAUUAUUGCAGGUACAUCCUUUUGAUUUUUGUGUGUGUAUAUGUCUUUGUUUAUGUCAGUGUUUGGUCGCUUUGAUUUCUCUGAAUGUACAAAUAAAUGUUAAGAUAUCUGAUUAA